CACAAUGGUCCUCCUAACAACUAGCUCUAUAUCAACCUUCCUCAUAGUUUUGUUCAUCACAAGCAGCCUAGUGCCCACAGUUGGUCCCUCCCACCGGCCAUGGCCUGAGGAGCUGCCGGAAGAGCUCCAAGCCCUCGGCAUAGGCCCCAGGACACGUAUCGACCACCAUGCCACCACCCGGGCCUCCACCGACUUCGGCCGUCUCACGCAGGCCCUCCCGGCCGCCGUGCUCUAUCCUUCAUCGGUCCAUGACAUUAUGACGCUCGUCCGAUUCUCCUACUCUUCUCCCAAACCUUUCACCAUCGCCCCUCGAGGCCAUGGCCACUCGGUUAGAGGGCAGGCGCUGGCUCCCCAUGGAGUGGUCAUCGAGAUGACGUCCAUGAGGAGAGGCGGCGGCGGCGACGGCGACGGCGAGCCACGGAUUCGUGUUUCGCCGGCGGGAUCCGUCUCGGGCUAUGUGGAUGCCGGCGGCGAGCAGUUCUGGAUCGAUGUGCUGCGGGAGACGCUGAAAUAUGGCCUUGCGCCGAUGUCGUGGACCGAUUACUUGUAUCUGACCGUCGGCGGCACGCUUUCUAAUGCCGGGGUCAGCGGCCAAGCCUUCCUGCAUGGCCCCCAGAUCUCUAACGUCUAUGAAUUGGAUGUCAUCACCGGGAAGGGAGAGAUGGUGACGUGCUCGGAGGACCACGAGCCGGACCUAUUCUUUGCGGUUCUAGGAGGCUUGGGUCAGUUCGGAAUCAUCACCCGUGCUCGCAUCGCCUUGGAGCCGGCACCACAAAUGGUGAGAUGGGUGCGAUUGAUCUACACGAACUUCGAGGCAUUUGCGAGGGACCAGGAGAAAUUGAUAUCUUUGGAUGAUGGAAAUAAGGGGUUUAACUAUGUGGAAGGUUCUAUUCUCAUGGACCAUCAUGUAGGUAAUAAUUGGAGAUCUUCCUUUUUCUCGGAAAGGGACCUGGAGAGAAUAAGCAGCCUAGCAGCACAGUAUGGUGCUGUCUAUUGCUUGGAGGGAGCCAGGUAUUAUGACAAGGCCAUGGUUCAUAUGGUUGAUCAGGAACUCGAGUGGUUGCUUGAAGGUUUGAGCUUCAUGCCAGGAUUUGCAUUUACGAACGACGUCACCUACAUUCGUUUCCUCAACAGGGUGCGUGAUGGAGAGCUGAAGCUUCGCUCCCAGGGGCUCUGGAAUGUCCCCCAUCCAUGGCUCAACAUCUUUGUUCCUAGGUCUAGGAUCAUCGAUUUCGAUCGAGGAGUCUUCAAGUCCAUCCUUAGGCAUGACAACUCGACGGGUCCAAUUCUGAUUUACCCCAUGGACAGAAACAAGUGGGAUCGGAGGAUGUCGGCUGUGAUUCCUGAUGAAGAGAUCUUCUAUUCUAUUGGGCUGUUGCGGUCCGGGGUGCAUGCAUGGGAGCGGUUGGAGAAUCAAAACAAGGAGAUACUUCAUUUCUGCAAUCAGGCUGGAAUCAGUCAUAAGCAGUAUUUACCCCAUUAUACAACUCAGGCUGAUUGGAUGGAACAUUUUGGCUCAAAAUGGGAGACAAUUGUGGAGAGGAAAAGGAGGUAUGAUCCGAAAUCCCUGUUGUCGCCUGGGCAGCAGAUAUUUACUUCCUCAAUGGCUGCUCACAACUCCUCUUCCAAAUUCUAGCAGACCUUGACCAUGUGUUUUGGAAAUAGAGAGCUUCAUCAAGGAAGCUAAUAGUGCUCAACAUGAAAAAACUUUGAUGUACAGUUUAGAGGAAAGAAAAAAA